CUUAAAUAAUUUAAUUUCAAAUAUUGAAUGCGUGGUUUGAACUACUUUGUAAGUGUUUUUAAACAUGUUGAAACUCAUUUCUUUGACAUUUUAUACAUAUUCUUUAACUAUUGGUUAGUUGUUCUCAAAGACUACAAGAACCAAAUGGACAGUCGAUUAGCAACUUUAGAAAGAGCUCCUCUAUAACAUUCAAAAGUAUGAAUCAACCCACGAAAAGUCAACGGCUGUUGAGGCAGUCGACAAGAUGCAAAAGUCAAUUAUCAGAAAAUGAGCUGUCAGUUUUCAGAACGAAUCAAGAUCCUCAUCUUGGAAGCCGCCAAUCUCCUUUUAUCAGACAGAGGGCCAAAUUGCUUCAGCCGUAGGAUUUUCCCUCCUGGGACCACCCCCCCCCGACCCUUAUCGCACCUCUCGUAUGACCUCCUUAUGUGGGUUCCUUACCCUCUUCUUUCAGCUCCCAGCGCUACGCACAUGUCGCCUACUCUCAGGAACCGGCUAGCCUUCAGACCAAGACCUUGCUUAUUCCACUUGGAGUAUCUUGGCCCACCGAUCCCAUGCCAUCGAAUGCGACCAUUCAACCGAACUAGGUCCGAUUGCGCCAUUAUAGCGGUGCUAAAAAGUUAUGAAAUCUUCGUCCAUUCUCUGGGUUAAUAUGGAUAGUCAUCUGGACCCCUUAUAAUUGGGCACCGCGGAGUGGGGACGCAUUCGAUAGCAUGCUCUCUGGCCGUAUGUAUUCGUUUUGCACGGUCGUGGGUAGUCGCUAGUUCGUCUUAGUAUGGGCCCAAACAUCCAUAUCUGAGUAUGCUAGCUGGUCACACAGGCAGUGCCUUCUUCUAUCUAACUGAACGGUAAA